CCAAUUUGACUUCUCGUUAUUAAUAUAUAUAUAUAAGUGUGGGAGAUGUAGAAUACUCAAUUAUCUAUAGCAUGAAGAAUAUAUUAGGUAUUUCGUUUGCUUUGUAUGCUUUUGUAAUCAGUCAGCUCAGUGAAGCAGUCGUAAAACUCCCACCAAAUGUGACCUUCCCGGCGGUUAUAGCAUUCGGAGACUCGAUUGUUGAUCAGGGAACGAAUAAUUACAUCAAUACAGUGAUUAAAUGCAACUUCCCACCUUAUGGCCUAGAUUUUAUGGGCAGUACACCCACUGGGAGGUUUAGCAAUGCAAAGACACCACUCGAUUUGUUAGCUAAAGAGUUGGGAAUUAAAGAACUUGUUCCUGCAUAUCUAGAUCCUAAUCUACAAACUAAAGAACUUUUAACAGGAGUCAGUUUUGCUUCGGGAGCUUCUGGAUACGAUCCUCAAACAUCUCAAAUUGCGUCGGUCUUAUCGUUACCAGAUCAGCUGGAAUUGUUUAAAGCAUACAUCAGUAAGCUCAAAGCGUUGGUCGGAGAAGAACGUGGAAAUUACAUUAUAGCCAAUGGUUUAUAUUUUGUUGUAGCCGGCAGUGAUGAUCUUGCCAAUACUUAUUUUAUUAUUGGUUCUAGAAGACUGCAAUAUGAUGUUCCUUCCUAUGCUGAUCUUUUGGUUAAUUCUGCUUCCACUUUCAUCCAGGACCUAUACGGUCUUGGAGCAAGAAGAAUUGCGGUGUUUGGUGCUCCACCAAUUGGUUGUUUGCCAUCGCAAAGAACAUUAGCAGGGGGAUUAAACAGAAUGUGUGAAGAUAGUCGCAACCAAGCGGCCCAAGUAUAUAACACAAAACUUUCUUCAAAGCUUGAUACAUUCGGCCAUACUCUUCCCCAGUCAAAAAUAGUCUACAUAGAUAUCUAUAGUCCUCUUCUUAAUCUCAUCCAAAAUCCUCAAAAUUAUGGUCUUGAAGUGGUAGAUAGAGGUUGCUGCGGAACCGGAAACUUGGAGGUGUCAGUGUUAUGUAACAGAUUUAGCACUGUAUGUCCCGAUCAUACUAAAUAUCUCUUCUGGGAUAGUUAUCAUCCUACUGAAACCGGAUAUAAGCUCCUGGUUGAUCAGAUUCUUGGCAAAUACAUCAACAGACUUUUUUGAUGCCACAUGCGUCUGGGGAUUGUAUGGCAAUCCUUAAGUUUCUGCAUGUAGGGGCUUCAAACAAUUCACACGUUUAACCUUCAAUUUGCUUUUUUAUUACAUGAUUUACCUCUGAAAGCUUUAAAUUAAGUAUUUGCCGCAACUAGCUAGCUAGUUAGAGGUAACUAAAUAAGGAAUUAAGGAUGCAUGUAACCUGUUUAAAAACAGUGCGUAGUCCUUGCAAGAAUCAUAAAA